UUUUUAUUUAAUUUUCUUCACCUCUCCCUCGCUCUCUUCUUUUUUCUCGGGCUCCUCUUUUCGCUGCUGGCUGGUGGCUGCUGCUGCUUCGUUUUGCCUAUCGAAUCGUUUCGAGUAUUUACUUCAGCACUGUUCGCCCCCCAAAAGAAAGGGAAAUCAAAACCCUAAUUCCUCUUUCACCAUGAACUGCUCAAUCUCCGGCGAGGUGCCGGAAGAGCCCGUCGUCUCCAAGAAAUCCGGUUUGCUUUACGAGAAACGCUUAAUCGAGAGACACAUUGCAGAUUAUGGGAAGUGUCCGGUCACAGGAGAUCCACUUACAAUGGACGACAUUGUCCCAGUCCAAACCGGAAAGAUUGUGAAGCCCAGAUCGUUAACAGCGGCUAGCAUUCCUGGGAUGCUUGGAAUGUUUCAGAAUGAAUGGGAUGCUUUAAUGCUAUCCAAUUUUGCGUUGGAGCAGCAGCUACAUACAGCUAGGCAAGAGCUAAGUCAUGCACUCUACCAGCAUGAUGCUGCCUGCCGGGUGAUUGCAAGACUUAAGAAGGAAAGGGAUGAAGCCAGGUCAUUACUUGCGCUGGCUGAGAGGCAGGCACCCUUGCCAACAUCGGCAGUUGUUGCCAAUGUUUCUACUCUUAGCAAUGGAAAGCGAGCUGCCGAGGAUGAAGAUUUGGGCCCUGGUGCAAAGCGAGUGUGUCCUGGGGUUUCUGAGAGCAUUAUUGCUGAGUUAACAGAAUGUAAUGCAGCUCUGUCACAACAGCGUAAAAAGCGCCAGAUACCUCCAACAUUGGCUCCCAUUGAUGCUUUGGAGCGAUAUACCCAACUUUCUAGUCAUCCCCUCCACAAGACAAACAAACCAGGAAUCACUUCAAUUGAUAUCAAUCUUUCAAAGGACAUUGUUGCCACAGGAGGAAUUGAUUCAAAUGCUGUACUCUUUGAUCGAACAUCUGGAGAGAUCUUAUCAACACUAAGUGGUCACUCUAAGAAGGUUACAAGUGUAAAAUUUGUAGCUCCGAAUGAUGUAUGUCUAAGUGGAUCAGCAGAUAAGACUGUUCGCAUUUGGCAAGGUUCUGAAGAUGGAAACUAUGAUUGCAGGCAUAUUUUGAAGGAUCAUACAGCUGAGGUGCAAGCUGUCACAGUCCAUGCCACAAAUAACUACUUUGUAACUGCUUCCCUUGACACAACAUGGUGCUUUUAUGAUCUUUCCUCUGGCUUAUGCUUGACACAGGUCGAAGACCCUUCAAAUUCCAUGGGCUAUACAUCUGCUGCUUUUCAUCCUGAUGGUCUCAUCCUUGGAACAGGCACCACAGGAGCUACCGUUAGAAUUUGGGAUGUGAAGAGUCGGGGAAAUGUUGCCAACUUUGAUGGACAUACUGGGGCAGUAACAGCCAUAUCUUUCUCGGAAAAUGGUUACUUCCUUGCAACUGCUGCACAUGAUGGUGUUAAGUUGUGGGAUCUGCGCAAAUUAAAGAAUUUCCGAUCAUUUGAAUUAUAUGAUCAAAACACACCAACUAACUCUGUGGAUUUCGACCAUAGUGGGAGUUACCUUGCUAUUGCAGGCUCAGACGUAAGAGUUUACCAAGUUGGCAGUGUCAAAGCAGAAUGGAAUUGCAUCAAAACUUUACCUGAUUUGUCUGGCACUGGUAGAGCAACUUGUGUCAAAUUUGGUCCAGAUGCAAAGUACUUGGGAGUGGGAUCAAUGGAUCGCAACCUCCGCAUAUUUGGCCUUCCUGAAGAUGAUGCUUCAACAGAGUCAUAAAAGCGACCCUUUCUGUUUGGCAUAUAUGGGAAGUUGGCUCUGAACACUCCUGCAAUUGCUAGUUGUGACUGUUGUGUUUCGUGGUUGAAGUAAAACACCAGAUUCUGAGGUCCAUUUAAAUCUUAGUUUUGUGCUUCUGUUCCCAAAAUGCUAAAGCAGUUUUGGCCAUUCCUCCAGUAAUGCAUGUGCCGGUUGUAUCAUCUAAGAUGUGAAGAAAUGAAAGCCAGUCAAUUAUCUGUCAUUUUAUCGAAGAGAACCUAGAGGCAAUUUGAACUCCUACUAAUGGGAUUUUCCCCUACUAGCCAACACUUAAUUGAAUUUUUAUUUUUACCUUUUUUUUUCUUCAAUUGUGUAGCCUUGACUAGUAUUUUAUUUGUGGAUGGAAUAUGCGGUUUCAUGUACCAUUAUUUAUACUGGCUAAUCAGACAAUAUUUCUCUCUUUUUCUCUUUC